AUGUCACGACAACAGGCCUUAGAAAAGAAAAUUACACAAAAUAUAAGUUCAAUUUUAGCUAUUGACAAUAAAUUAAAAGAACAACAACACAAAUUAUUAAAUGAAAAUACGCAAGAAGUUAAAAAUCAGAUUGAUGAAGAAAUUAUCAAUUUAUUAAAACAAAGAGAUGGAUAUGCGGCUGAAAACAACAACUUGGAAGAACAAAUAAUUCAUAUGGAUGAAGCAAAUGCAGGUGAAAAUGAUGCAGCUGAAGGUGAAAAUGAUGCAACUGAAGGUGAAAAUGAUGCAAAUGAAGGUGAAAAUGAUGUAAAUGAAGGUGAAAAUGAUGCAAAUGAAGACUCUGACAAAGAGAAUUAA